AUGGAUCCCCAGCACAAUAAUCAAGAUCGAAUCACUUGGCUUACCAAGAAUCAGCCAAUUGCAACCACAAUUAAUAAAAUUGUUGGAAGUGUUGGAAGAUCUGAAACUCUUGAAGGAGAUGCAGGAGUCAAUCACAUGGUGCCGUUGACAAAACUUAUACGCAAUCAUUUAAAAAUUACUUUUGGAGAAUAUAAUAGCGCUGCUGUUAAAUUUCGACAUGACCUUGGAUGCCCACUCCAAAUGGGUGGAAGAAACUCAAAAAUGGACCUUGUAGGUAUUUAUCAAGGUUAUGAAUUUUUAUCACACGAGAAUUCUUUUGAUCAUAAAGACACCACUAAAAAAACACGAAAAGAUUUACUUAAACUUGCUACAUAUGCACGGGAUGGAUCAUUUUUAAUAUGGCAGGAUGCACAUAAAGAUGUUCAAACUUCUUUCGAUAAAAUUUUGCAGUAUCUUGUUGAAAUAAGAACUUGGGGUAUCCAUCUACUAGGACAAAUGGAAGGACAUCAAGGCCUUCAUAUCAAAGUCUUUGGGAUGAGGCAAGCAAAAUGUGGAUUGUUUUUACUUUCAAAAUUAGAUUCAUUUCCGCUGCCAAAUGAAGAAUCGCUGAUAGAUUUCCGAUGUAUCACAAAGCCAAUAGAAACUAUGAUUCGCCUUGCAAGUGGAAUCAAAGAGUCCACAAAGCACCUUCAAGAAUUGCAUCAGGUUAUAUCGAAAAUUCGCCAUGGAGAACCUAUGGGAGUUUCUAAAAAGCAGGAAUAUAUUCAACCAAGUCUUCUUAAAUCGCCUACACGAAAAACAUAA